AGUGAAACUUGAGAUUCAUUAUCUAAGUGUAGGAUGUAAAUCUAUAUCACAUGUCUAUAUAGCUUAAUAAUAUCACGAUGGGAGACUAUAAAACAGUUUGGAAUUUCAUUUCUGAUUUAGUAUAUCGAUUGUAAUUUGAAAAUGUAUUUGCCUCCAGUUAUAUUGUGUGCCUUCUUAAUAACAUUUAGCAAAGCUGCUGCAGUUAUUGAUUAUACUAACAUUACUCCUUGGUCAGUUGUUUAUUUGGUGUAUCCAAUAUAUGAGUCUGACCUAUGGGUGGAUAAUAUAACACCAAAAACUAAAGAAUUGUCUGAAACGCCGGACAAUGCGAUUGUUUUACAAAGACAUGAUAAUCAAGGAGGUGUUUUACAAAAAGAAGUCCAGGGAGAAAACAAUAAUUCUCAACAAACUAAAGAUCGUCAUGAACCAGAUAAUGAACGUGUAAAAAAUAACUACCACAUUCCAGUUAUUUCAUGGCCACCUGACUACAAAAACUGGCCAAAAAGUACAAAUAAACCAGAGCAUUAAUCAACCAAAAAAAUAUUUCAAUCCAUAGUGCGUCAAGAUGAGUUCCAAGUAAUAAGUAUCAAGAGACACAAAAUUUUCAGCUUCAUAGUAUUUUAAUGUAUCAAAUAAAACCAUUAUAAAAAUA